UGAGGAUCGUGAUUCGUAACGCCAUUUCCUAAAGCAUUUCUAAAACAACGACGCACGCACUCUCCGUCUCUCUGACUCUCUCUAUCUCGACAGUAAACCCUUUGGCAUUUGUGUGCUCUGUAAUCGAACUCGACAUGGCCAACAGCAAUCUACCCAGAAGAAUCAUCAAGGAAACGCAGCGCCUCCUGAGUGAACCAGCGCCAGGAAUUAGUGCAUCGCCAUCGGAGGACAAUAUGCGAUAUUUUAAUGUAAUGAUCCUUGGCCCAACACAGUCUCCGUAUGAAGGAGGAGUUUUCAAGUUGGAACUAUUUUUGCCCGAAGAAUAUCCAAUGGCUGCUCCCAAGGUCCGAUUUCUCACUAAGAUAUAUCAUCCCAACAUUGACAAGCUUGGAAGGAUAUGCCUUGAUAUUCUGAAGGACAAAUGGAGCCCUGCUCUCCAAAUACGAACUGUACUUUUGAGCAUUCAAGCACUUCUGAGUGCUCCAAACCCCGAUGAUCCACUUUCUGAGAACAUUGCUAAGCAUUGGAAAACAAAUGAGGCUGAAGCUGUUGAAACGGGUAAUGUUGUUGGUCUCCACUUGGUUUCUUCAAAGAUAAGUUUAUAUUGUAACACCAAUUCAGGGAGUCAAAUUACUAUAUCCCUGCAGCAAAGGAGUGGACUCGUUUAUAUGCAAGCGGUGCCUGAUGACACGGUGGAAAAUCUUUGCUCCCCCUGAAUAAUAGUAUGAAGAAAUGUAUGCUACUGACUGUUGAAUUUAGAUGGAAAUUUGGAACAAUUGAUCUUCAAACAAUUGGAGUUGCUGGUUAAUUGCUUCCUGUUGAUGGUUAAUUGCUUCUCUCUCACGGAAGCCUUGUGAAACUUGUAUGAUAUAUUUGGCCAUCAAUUUGGCGAAAUGUUUUAUAUAUAUAUAUAUAUAUAAUAUAUGUAUC